CCAGUCCUGCCCCAGCUUCAGAAGGAGUUGGAGCAGCCUGGCCCCAGCCCUGUGUCCUUAUCAAGUGAGCUGGUCCCAACUCCUGCUCAUGCCUGUUGUCAUGGAAAUGAUCCUGCUUUUCCUCUUCUUUGGGGGUUACUCUGCUUCUCUGGAGGCAUCUACACCCAUGAACUCUCCUUUUACUUUGGUCACGAGUAGCUCUGAGGCCCCAAACCUUAACACAAUGGCCUCCAAUUAUACAUCGAGGGUCCCUGAGAAAAAUGACAGCACUGGGCACCAGAUCAUCCCACCUUCCUCAACUCCUUAUGCAGCCAAUGAGGUGUCUUCUCCUGAGACUUCCGUUGCUGCCAGUAGUGGCCUCUCUAUAGCUGGACCAACAAUCUCCCAGGAAAUUUCCACCGAGAAGCCAUCAGUGCCCCAGGAAAUCUCUAAUGUAAACAGUAACCCCACUCCACCAGCAAUUAAUACCCUGGGAUUUCACAAUAUGACUGGUGGAACCACAGCAACUGGCACUCUGGAGACCUCCAAUGGGACCAGUGGACCUCCUAUCACCAUGGCAACUAGCUCUCAGGGAAGCUCCAAUGAGACCAGUGGACUCCCCAUCACCAUGGAAACUAGCUCUCAGGAAAGCUCCAACCGGACCAGUGGACUCCCUAUCACCAUGGCAACUAGCUCUCUGGCUACCUCUGAUAGAACCAGUGGACCCCCCAUCACCAUAGCACCUAGCUAUCUGGAGACUUCCAAUGGGACCAGUGUACUCCCUGGCACAAUGGCAACUAGCUCUUUGGAGACUCCCAAGGAGACCAGUGGCUCCCCCACCCCUUGGGAAACGACGCCCAUCACAACUACUCCAAAGGCUUCCACAAACACAGACAGUGGGCCCUCCGUAAGUCCAGAUCAGAAGACAAAUAAUACCCUAAUAAUGGCUGUGCUCGUGGCUCUUCUGGUGGUCAUUGUCCUCUUGGCACUACUCCUGCUGUGGCGCCAGCGGCAGAAGCGGAGGACAGGUGCCCUGACACUAAGCAGAGGAGGAAAGCGCAAUGGGGUGGUAGACGCCUGGGCUGGGCCUGCCCAAGUGUCUGAUGAGGAGGCUGUGAUAACAACAGCAGGAGGGUCUGGUGGUGACAAGGGCUCUGGGAUCCCAGAGGGGGAGGGUUCAGGCCGGCGGCCCACACUCACCACUUUCUUUGGUAGACGGAAGUCUCGCCAGGGCUCCUUGGCCCUGGAGGAGCUAAAGGCUGGGUCAACCUCCAGCCUAAAGGGGGAGGAAGAGCCGCUUGUGGGCGGUGAGAAUGGGGCCGUGGAGGCCGCUGAUUCUGAUGGACCAGAAGUGGGAGAUGUGCAGGUCCCUUAGUGCUUGUGAAUACAAGACUGGAGGUCAGAAUUAUAUCUAGCUUCCCUCACCUUCCCUCCUAUCAUCAUUUCCAACCUCAUCAUCACCUAGCAUGUUCACCCAACAUUUUUCACUCUGAACCUCAACUAGCUUCUUAACCCCAGGACUUCCAGCUUCUGCACCCAACACCCCACACCGGCAUUGCCACCCAGCAUCCGAACCCAGCACCAAGGCUGGGGCCUACACCUGCUGAAGGCUUGAAGACUGGAUGAAUAAGACUUCCUCAUCAACCCCUACUUCUCUCCAUCAACCCUUUUUGCCACUUUUUUGCCCUUGAAACCAGAGGCCAAGUCUCCAUAAGGCCAAAUUUCCUUGACCUACAAUUGUUCAGAGGAUUUUUCAGGGGCAUCAGAGUCUGAGAAGAAGGAAAUGACAAGCCAGCACACUCCCAUCUAGGGUUACUCUGGAAAGCACAUUUGACCUCAUAGAUUAGGACAGUCCCUGGGUCAUCCCAUAAAAGUCGUUUAACUCUAGGACCCAGUGCUCUGUGGGGGGCCAGCCUGGAGUGGUGUCAUCUAGCUGUGCUCUCAAGGGUGCUUGUGCCAGCACCUGGACUCUUUGUCCCAAGAGCUGGCCUUUGUGCCAAGCCACCACACUCUCCCUUGGAACUAACUAUGGACUGAGGCAGCCAAAGGCUUCAGCUGUUACUCCUCCGGAGGACGGAGGUCUCUGGGCAGGAAUGGUUCUCAGAAGCCCCAGCACCUGUGCGGGUCCACUCAUGAGUGUGUUUUAUGUGCAAGAGGCAAGGAUUUGGUGGUUUGUGAAGGGUAGAGGUGAGUACGGAGGGCGUGUGGGAGGGGCAGGAAGGGUUUCGGAAGCUGAGGACAUGUCAACCUGAGGACCUGCUGAGAACAUCGGUGCCCUCAUCUCUGCUUAAAUGGGUGGAGGUAGUGGAUUUAACUCUGUCUGUUGCCCAAUAAAAGAAUGCCGGGCUUGAUGGAAA